AUACACGUCACAGAAGCAUUUGCAAACAGGUUUACAUCUAAUAGUUUUCAGAGAAAAGCAGAGAUUGUGCAUGAGAUUCCACAACUGGCUAAAACAAUUAAUUUCACAACUGCAAAUCUGUUUUUGAACGAAGUAUUAAGCCUAACAAUCUGCACACCUUUGAAAAGAAAAACAAACUGAAGACAGCAACAGGACAAGAUCAAAGCGAGAAGAAUUAUUUCUUCUGAAAAUCUAAUAUUAACUUUCUGAAGCUCAGAAGACACCAAGAAAAGGAAAUCUCUUUUCUUUCUUUGUUGAUACAUCCCAAAGCCAAAAAAUGGAUAAAUUUCGUAUGAUCUUCCAGUUCCUGCAAGCCAACCAGGAAUCUUUCAUGAAUGGAAUAUGUGGUAUCAUGGCACUUGCGAGUGCCCAACUAUACACAACAUUUGAUUUUAAUUGCCCGUGUCUUCCAAACUACAACUUGUCAUAUGCUAUGGGGGUUAUGUGUGUACCACCUAUCGUAUUUUUCUUAUUGGGGUUUGUAAUGAACAAUAAUGUCUCAAUGCUUGCCGAGGAAUGGAAGAGGCCAACAGGCAUGAGGCAGAAAGACGCAGCUGUAUUGCGAUAUAUGUUCUGUUCAAUGACUCAGCGAGCGUUAAUUGCCCCAGCAGUAUGGAUAUCAGUGACGUUGCUACAUGGUGAAAGCUUUAUAUGUGCAUUUAGCACAUCUAUUCCUGUGGACAAGCUGGGAAAUAUGACUGGCGUAGUAGACUUGUCUGAAAAGGAAAUCAGGCGAAUACUGGCCAGGAUUCCUUGCAAGGAUAUUUAUGAUGGAAAUCAUAUCAUACCACAGGAGGUGGCAACCAGAUACCUGCGCUGCAUUUCUCAGGCAUUUGGAUGGACCUUUGUUUUACUCAUGACCUUCAUGGCAUUUCUCAUCAGAGCCAUACGACCCUGCUUCACACAAGCAGCCUUUCUUAAGAGCAAAUAUUGGUCGCACUAUAUUGACAUUGAGCGCAAGCUUUUCGAUGAAACCUGUACUGAACAUGCAAAAAGUUUUGCAAAGCUCUGCAUUCAGCAAUUCUUCGAGAACAUUAACCGAGACAUGGAGAUGGGUCAUCCCCAUAUUCUAGAGAAGGAACCAAAGGAACCAAAGGAUUCAAAGGAAACAGAGCAGGAGGAGGCAGACAAACUACUGGGAGUCACCAGCCAGGGAACAAUGAACACUCUUCUACAGAAUUGGCACAGAUGUAAACCCCCUUUAAACCUGAAAUCCUAUGAACAUCUAAAUGGAAAUGGAUGUAUUAAGGAAACUUUUGAGCUCAAUAACAUAAAUAUACCCAAGAAAGAAAUUGUAACUUAUUACAGUAAGGUUUAAAGACCGAGUGUCUUGAACAGAAGAAAAAACUGUGAAAAACUGAAUUUAGGCCUAGAAACCAUGUGGAAAUAAACAAAAUCCUGAAGAAUGGAAAUUUUUCUUAGACAAUUUACAGAGGGGGGCCAACAUUUAAAAUGUAUCCAAUCACUGUGAUUACAUCUUGACAAGCUUUUUCUGUUGUGCCUGUAAUGCUUUGUCAAGAACAUAUUUAUGUAGAAAAUAGUGUUUUUGUUAACAGAAAAUGUAACUCAAUGAAGGAGGUUGAAGAAAUUGAUAAGUGGACGGUGAAGUUAAGCAUGUGUGAGAAUUACUUGUUUCAAACAGCGUGGGGUGAAAGUCAAAGUUGCUGCCCUGCUGUUCACCUUGGGAACUUUCUACAACAGUCUUUUAUAUAAAGGGAAAGUAUAUAUAUGCCUACCAGACAAAAAUCUAUCUUUCAUUUGAGACUAAUUUGUUUUCUCAUUGCUAAAGAACAACAUCAAACUUCAGGCCAUCAUGUUCAGUAUCAUGUUGUGGACCAAGGGGAUGUGUUUUAAGUUCCAUCCAUAUUUUUGAAAGGCUGAGUCUUUAGUUAAAUGUUCCAGGUAUAUCCAACAGUUAAAGUACAUAUUCCAAGAACACAUUUGAUGUAUCACAUCUCCCAAUUGGCCUGGGCCAAUGGUACCUACCAGACAAUGGUACCUACAACUCCUGUGACCUGGAGAAAACAGCAUCUAAACUUCUACCUGAUGCACCAAGACCCAUAUCAGUUUAUAAUAAAAUUAUUUUAGACACUUUAUAAGUGUGUUUCCAGUAUCACGAGCUUUCCAAUAACAAAAAUCUGAUAAUAUAUUGGGAGCAAACGUUUACAACAGUAUUAGCAGUUAUGUUUAUUAUUCAGUCAAUAUGACUGAAAUGUGAAGCUUUAAUCACUUUUUUGUGAUGACUUUAUUCAUAUGUAGGUGCUUAAAAAAAGACUGUUUAUUUAAUUUUAAAUCAAAGCACAAUACUUAUUGUGUAACUCAUACUUUGCUUAAAAUGU